AUGGCAUCAGCAAGGCUCAACUUCCUCAUCACGGGCGCUGGGAGAGGCAUAGGACGGGGCCUCUCUCGCGAGCUGCUCAACCGCGGGCACAGGGUCUUCCUCGUCGACUCCAACGCCGACGAGCUGCACCACACAGUACAGCUCCUCACCAAGACGCACAAUGUUCGCAGCGACUUCGACUCUCUGACGGGGGACGUGCGCGAUCCCGAACACGUCCGGCUUGCGGCCUCGCGCGCGGAGGGGCUCUUCGAGGGCAAGCUUGACUGCCUGGUCAACAACGCGGCCUACACCGGCGGUGUUGGGGGCACGAAGCUGGAGGACAUGACGGUGGAGGAGUGGAAUAAAAGCCUGGAGACGAAUCUGACGGGGCCGAUGCUGUUCACACAGGCGUGCCUCUGGAUGCUGGCCCAGGCGCGGGGUUGCGUGAUCCACGUCUCGUCGACGAGGGCGCUGCAGAGCGAGCCGCACAACGAAGGGUACUCCACCACCAAGGCCGGCCUGCUCGGCAUGGCGCAGAGCAUGGCGGUCUCGCUGUCGGAGAAUGGCAUCAGGGUCAAUAGCAUCCUGCCCGGCUGGAUUCACGUGGAGGACGAGUGCAAGGCUGCGGACGAGGAGGGGAGGAGGUGGGAGGACGGCAUCUCGGAGCGGGAUGCCCGGUGGCAGUUGACGGGCAGGGUGGGUAAGGUCGAGGACAUGGUGAAGGCGGUUCUUUAUCUUGCCGAGAACGACGGGGUGACAGGGGCCGAGCUGGUCGUCGACGGAGGAGUAACGAGGAAGAUGGUGUAUCCGGAGUAA